GUUAGACGUUCAAAUGGCGAUAAGCAGGUGGCGAAUGGGAUAAGAUGGUAUCUCUAACUUGUCGAUUAGCGAUAAGAUUAUAUGCCAGACUAGCGCCAGCCAAGUUGCUUUAGGACCGAGCGGGCAGUUCUGCAUCAGCGGUGUGUGCGACUGGUUUGCCUGUCAGCAUGUGGCGUUCUUUGUUUUGGAGUUUUUGUGGCCUGAUUGUGCUCUUUGGCUCAACUUGGACCGCUACGUCUACGUACUACACGGCUGGCGUAGUGGAGUUUCGAUUACGUGUGAGUGGAGCCAGUUCAGCGCAGCUGCUCGAUGAACAUUUAGAGGCCUAUCUGGCACUGAUACGUUCGCCUGAGGCUAAUGAAACUGACAUCAUUGUCUUUCCCGAGGGCACGCUUAAUAGUGUACUGCAGCUGACUGCUGUGCCGGCUCCCGGUAGUUUUAAUAACAGUCUGUGCAACGGGGCACAGAUCGACGAGCAAGUGGCGCCCUUUCUACGCCAGUUGGCCUGUGCAGCGCAAGAAACGUCAACAUAUUUGGUUAUCAAUGUGAAGGAGCGCGAAGCAUGCGAGACUGGAGACCCAUGCUCUUCCAAUGGCUAUAAUGUGUUCAACACCAAUGUGGUGUUCGAUCGCAAUGGUACUGUCAUAUCACGCUACCGCAAAUGGAACCUUUACCUGGAGCCAAUGACCAAUCAGACAGCUGCACCUGAGCUGGCUACCUUUCAGACAGACUUUGGAGUGACCUUUGGCCAUAUCAUAUGCUUCGAUAUGCUAUUUUAUACGCCCGCGCAAGACCUAAUCGAGAAGUUGGAUGUGCGGGAUGUGAUUGUGACGAAAAUGUUCAACUCGGAGCUGCCCUUUUUGACAGCCUCCCAACUGCAACAGGGCUGGGCAUGGGGCAACAACGUGAAUCUGCUGGCUGCAGGGGCCAGUUAUCCGCAGGCUGGUAUUAGUGGUAGUGGAAUCUAUGCCGGACAGCAAGGAGCGCUGGUACGUCGCAUGGUGGGUGAUAGUGACGAAGGCGUCCGGGAGUUACUGGUGGCCCGGGUACCCUUUUGGCCAACGCCAGCUGAGGCCGUGGAUGUGCCUAGACCAUUGCCGGCGCAGCGGCGUCUUCUGUUGCUGCAGCAGCCAAGGCUGGAGGAUUUCAACACACAACUGCUGGAGCCGCAUAACGGCAGCAGCAGCUAUCGACUGUGUCAGCAGGAUUUGUGCUGCGAGUUUCAGCUGAAUACUACGAUCGUGGCCAACAAUAUUGAGUCCAGCUAUCAUUAUCGCUUGGGCGUCUUUGUGGGCCAGCGGACCUAUGAGGAGGCGCGGUAUAGCGUGGUGCGUCUCUGCGGACUGUUUGCUUGCCACAAUGCCAGCCUUGAAAGCUGCGGGCAAUUGCACGACGAGGUGGAGGGAGAGGCCCCAUCGACGUAUCUGCAGUUUAGCGAGCUGAGUAUUAGAGGCGAGUUUGUUCAGCGAGAGCGGCGGCUCCUCAUGCCGAGCACGCUAAGCUCGUCGUUAUAUGCACUGCAGGCCUCUGAAAUGGAUUGGCAGUUGGAAGAGUGCAAGGACAGUGCCAAAACGCUGGUGGAGAUGCGUCUGUUGCAGCUUCAGUCAGAGCUUCUUACCUUUGGCAUAUAUGGCAACUAUUUUGAUGAACGAAGCGCAGCCAAGUCGCAGAACCUAAGCGUGGCAAUGCUCCUGCUAUCUGGUUUAAUGCUUUGGAGUAGUUGCAGCUGGCUGGGUCUCGGGUUUUAGAAGCGAGUGCAUUUUUAUUAUAGAUGGUCGAACCACACAUUAAAAAUCUGGCUAGUUAUUGCUUUGUUUCCUUCAUGAACUACAUUUUAUCACUCUGUCUUUGUCACCCGUUUCACAGACGUAUUUUCGUGGCACACCCGACAAAAGACUUCAUAACACUAAUAACAUAGACGCUGAACCUCUGAAAUGCUUAAGGGUUAAAGGGUAUACCAAAAAGUCUUACCACUUUAUGUGCUUAACAUGUAUACUCGUAUAUAAGAAAUAUACUUGUCUUAUCCAUAGG